CCGCUCACGCUCUUUGGCAGUGUCGCGCGGGCUGUCGGGAUCAUGUCCGCCAUGUUUUCACACCAGCCGAGAAAAAAAAGCCCGUGAAAAAACACCAUAACUCGCACAGAGAUGCCUUUAACUACCGGAUUUCGAUCGGAGGGACGUCAGUGAGCGCGGCCGCGGAGAGAACCGUUGGCUCGUGUGUGUAUUUGUACCGAAUGAUCCGUGUUUAGUGUGUUUGUGAUCGCUGAAAACAAUGAGUAAACUCUCGUUCCGCGCGCGAGCGCUAGACGCCGCCAAACCGCUGCCGAUCUACCGUAAUAAAGACCUCCCGGACCUCACCGACUGCGUCUCCAUCAACCGAGCGGUUCCACAAAUGCCAACUGGGAUGGAAAAGGAAGAGGAGUCGGAGCACCAUCUCCAGAGGGCCAUCUCUGCCCAGCAGGUGUUCAGGGAGAAGAAGGAGAGUAUGGUCAUCCCUGUGCCAGAGGCAGAGAGUAACAUCACGUAUUACGAUCGCCUUUACAAAGGAGAGUUCCGCAUACCCAAACAGCUCAUCCACAUCCAGCCUCUGGGUCUGGAUAAUGAGCUGCCUGACUAUGAUAUGGACUCAGAGGACGAGACUUUACUGAACAGACUCAAUCGCAAAAUGGAGCUCAAACCUGUGCAGUUUGAGACCAUGAUGGAUCGGUUAGAGAAAGCCAGCACCAAUCAGUUGGUCACUCUUCAGGAGGCCAAGCUGCUGUUAAAUGAAGAUGACUACCUGUUGAAGUCAGUGUAUGACUACUGGGUGAGGAAGAGGAAGAACUGCCGAGGCCCAUCGCUCAUCCCUCAGAUCAGACAGGAGAAGAGGGAUGGCUCCACCAACAACGAUGCUUACGUGGCCUUCAGGCGUCGCACAGAGAAGAUGCAGACUAGGAAGAAUCGCAAGAAUGACGAGGUGUCUUAUGAGAAGAUGCUGAAGCUGAGGAGAGAAUUCAGCCGAACCAUGAGCAUCCUGGAGAUGAUCAAGAAGAGAGAAAAGAGCAAACGAGAGCUGCUGCAUCUGACGCUGGAAGUUUUUGAGAAGAGAUAUCAAAUCGGAGACUUCUCAGGAGAGAUUCUGAAUGAGGUCACUGUACCUCUGGCAGAGAAAAGCAUUUACCCUGCGCCCAUAUCCUUACCCAUGAGCAAUCGACACAAGGCAGAGAGCAAAAUUAAGUCACACACAUCUGGACCCAAACACCUCCAUCCCUUCACAGUCAAGCCUGAGCCUUACUUUGACUUUGUGCGUUCCCAUAAAAAGUACAACAAGAGGCCCAGACUUGAUUCAUUUCGCCAGCCUGGUCGGCCAGAGCGACAGCAGACCAUCAACAAGGCAGACAUUAAACAGUAUGACUUCCACAGUUCUGGAGAGGAGGAUUACCCGCUGUCUCCUGCUUCAGAGCCGGAUGAAGAGAAUGAUCCUGAUGGAAUCUUUGCCUUCAGACGGAAAGCUGGCUGCAGUUACCACGCUCCACUGGUGGAUCAGAGCUGCUCUCCUCACUGGCAGCAGAAGGGUCAGGACCGGCUAUGGCAGCGCAACUGUCUCACUGCCCUGUCCGUGCCCAGACGCUGUAUUGGAGUGGCACGGGGGAGGGUGGGCAGAGGUGGCAGGGUGGUUUUGGAUCGCACCUCGUCAGAUCUGGACCGUGCCCUCAGGCAUCUGGACCCUGAAAUGUUUUAUCCCUCUGCUGACUCUAUUGUGCCUGACCUUCCCGUCCACGCAAAUACAAACUCUCACAACUCCAAAUUAAGCCCUCAGCGCUCACUGACUCAGCUCCUGAGUGACAUCCAGGCCUGCAGGUGGAAGUUUUUCCACCUACGGCCGCUACAGGAGAACUCAAGGGGUGAGGACAAGAAAGGGACUCCGCAGGUGGAAAAAGGUGGAGCGACGCCUCUCUCUAACAGUGUGUCAGCUGGAUUCACAGAAGAGCAGUUUCACUCCCAUCAGCAGCAGCUGGUUCAGAUGCACAAACAGUUACAGCAGCAAGAACUCCAGCAGACCUCGACAGCACCAGAACUGCACACACAUCUCCCUAACACCGUCUCAUCUGACUGCAUGUCUAAGACUCUGGACUCGGCUAGUGCACACUUCGCUGCCUCUGCUGUGGUCAACACUCCUAACAAUGAAAACAGGCCACAGAUCGCUAGUGUCAAUGGUGUCCUUCCCAAUUCAGGAAGCUUUAGACAAGCAAAACUGAACCGUUCUGCACAGAGUGGAGGUGGUGGUGAGGCAGGCUCUUUAGUACGGAUGACGAAUGCGUCUAGCCCACAGCUGCCCGUCCCUCAGUCUCUGCCUCACGGCCAUGGGCACCUGAGUACCGUGAGCGCUGUAUCUCCUGCACACACACACCACAGUGCACGCCUGUGUGCCCCUUCACCCUCAGCCUUAAAGCUGGCCAGUGUUGCUAGCAGUCUGGACCGGGUACCCAAAGUCACCCCCACUAGUGCCAUCGACAUUGCCAGGGAGAAUCACGAACCAGAGAGGCUGACUCUCAAUGGAUUAUCAGAGACCACAGUCGCAAUGGAGGUCACAUAGCCCAUCCAAAAACACAAAGACUUAAGUGCUAAGAGCUGCGCACUUCUACACAGACUUAUACCCAAUAACAGCAUAUCAAAAUAUUAAGAGAAAUUUGUCAAUAUUAUAAGUGUACAUUUUGUAAAAUUGGGAAUUAUCACUACCUUGUAAAAUAGUAUAUUUGUAUCAUUAGUCUGUCAUUUCUGUUACUUGAAUCCUAGAUUGUUUUUUUUUUUUUUUUUUUUUUGGUCAUCAUGCUUUUGCACUUGAAAAUGCAAGCAAGACAAGUGCAUCAGUUCAUGUCGGGAUCAUGAGCAUGAAUAUUGGUCCUGCGUCACUUGUUUUAACUAUUUAUUUUGCAAUGUUUACAUUUUUGUAUCUCGUACAAAUAAAUCCAAUUUUGUGACCACAAAAUGCAGACAAGGCUAGUAUACCAUGCUUUGUGCUUUUUUCUUUUCAUGAAGGAGAAAGCUGAAUUUGGUUCUACAGAUGUGAACUUUCAGAAGUGGUGAUCUUCCCUUGAAAUGUUGACCAUUUUGAAAUGGUUUAUUUCCUUGCCUUCCUUUCGGUCUUACCAAUGUUAAUUCUGGAGACCAGUGGCCUCCAUCAGAAUGUGCUUAUAUGAAGCUACUUGAGAAAUCAAGCAGAAGACUUUGAAUUUGGCAUUUACUUUCUGCUCUUCUGAUGGAGUCAGCCGAACCCUCAUUUGUACUUCGCCAUUGUUGGUUAACCAAUGUGGAAGGAGCUGUUCUGGUCUCUGACUGGUGUUGUAUUGAAAGUAAACUACAGGUCACAAAUACUGUCAGCCAUAUUGUUUAUGAAUGCAAAAAUUUAUACAUCCUCAUUCCAGUGUCUUCAAAUAAAUUUCCCCUUUUCAAA